AUGAAGAUCGCCGCUCUUUUCCCCCUUCUCGCGCUCGCCGCGGCCCUGCCUGCGUCCAUCCAGCAGCGUGGAAUCAUCCGCGCCGCGGUCGAGCUGAUCGGCCAUUUGGAGGGCUUCCGUGGUAACUUCUACUGGAUCCAAGGCCACAAGACCGUUGGAUACGGUCACGACUGCGUCGCCAAAAAAGACUGCCACACGAUCAGCGUACCCCUUAGCGAACCCCAAGCCGCUGACCUCCUGAGCAAUGAUCUCUCUGAAUUCGAAAACUGCGUGUGCGCGAUGCCCAACGCAAAGGAGCUGAAUGCGCACCAGUACGGCGCGCUGGUCAGCUUUGCCUACAACACGGGCUGUGGCGGCUUGCAGUCGUCGUGGCAUGGAGCCAUGUCGCAGAAGAACUUCCAUGGGAUUUGCGAGCAGCUGCCGGGCACGAACACUCUGGGCGGACUGCUGAACAUUCGCCGACAGAAGGAGAGCCACUUUUGCAAGCAGCCGACCGAGAAGCCGUCGGGUUGUUAG